AAAAUGUCUUAGAGAGGCAGCAGAGGAAGAAAAAUGACCACUCUGCGCCCGUUCUGUUGCGACGAUCUGUUUCGCUACAACAACGUGAACCUCGACCCGCUCACGGAGACCUACAACCUGGCCUUCUACCUCAUGUACCUCACAAGAUGGCCGGAGUAUAUCCAGGUGGCGGAGUCUCCCAGCGGGAAAAUCAUGGGAUACAUCAUGGGAAAAUCCGAGGCUCGUCAGAAUAACCCCUCGGACUGGCAUGGUCACGUGACUGCAAUAUCUGUGGCAGGAGAGUAUCGUCGUCUCGGGCUGGCCGCGUCUCUUAUGAAGACUCUUGAAGACAUUUCAGAGCAGAAGAAAUGCUUCUUUGUCGAUCUGUUUGUCCGCGUGAGUAACACCGUGGCUGUCGCAAUGUACCGUAACCUUGGCUACGUGGUGUUUCGAACUAUUGCCAGCUACUAUACCGGGCCGCCGGACGAGGACGCUUUUGAAAUGAGGAAGUCGUUGAGUCGAGAUAAGGAUAAAUUAGCGGAGAGACCUUGUUCUGAUCCGAGUCUACCUGUUGACGAGAUCCCAAAGUUAGUUAGUACAAAAGUAGUCGUCGAUUCCACUUCGAUCAAAGCAAGAAGAAUGGCCGAUCCGACAGGAGCGACGGAUGUCGGUGGAACGUCGGCGGACGGUCUCAGUCCCCGGGUGACGGUUGGGAUCAUCGUAGGGAUCUCCGGCAUAGCUACUGUGCUUAUAAUGACGGUCCUGUAUGCCCUCAUGAUCUGCAAGUACUGCAUCUUCCGACACUAUCGGAAAAAGCAACUCGACCUCGAGUCCUCGCAAAUAGUCCGCGGGGCGCAGUUCCCGCUCGCCAGCCCAACCAGCUCGUUCACCACCCGCCAAUACUCGCACCAGAAUUCUUACGCUACGGCUCCCUACGGAACAAACCUGCCGCGCCCGUCCAGCGGAUACCAAGUUUCCACAUUCGAUGACCCAAAUAACACACUGGAGUCAGGAACCACAGCUGACAGACCGAGGACGAGACUACGCCGAAACUAUCAGGACGACGAUGUUCGUAGACAGAAGCGGCGCACGUACGUUGGAUCUCGUCAGUUUCCCAGCAAGAACCUGGUCCUGCUCACGAUGCUGGCAGAGGGGGAGUACGGCCCCGUAUAUAGAGGAGAGGCCUACGAAAUAGUUCCACGGGAGGCUUCACAGAAUCGUGACCGUCAAAAUGCUCAAGGAAGACACAGACGAUACAAAGAGGAACAAAUUCGAGCAAGAGAUCACAAUGUUGGCACAUCUCAACCAUCUGAAUGUGACGGAGGAACCUCCCACAUAGACCUCCUCGGUUACAUCAGGGAUAAGGGUAUCGCCAUGAAAGACGUGGAGGACGGCGAGAGUAUCGUCCAAGAGUUCCGAGAGCUCCUCAAAAUGGCCGACGAGGUGUGCAUGGGACUGGCUUACCUGUCUUCUCAACACAUCGUUCACAAGGACGUGGCACUGCGCAACUGCAUCCGUGGGCAAAACAGAGUCAUCAAAGUGUCACUUUGGAAUCGGUUCAAAAAUUACCCCGAAAGCUUAAUAUCUCUUCGGGAGGGAUACUAUACAAUUGAUGUAUGA